AAAAGCAGAGCAGUAAAUUUUGAAGCCGAAAAGAUGUCUUUAGACCAUCUAUAUGAAUUCAACUUCGAAAAGUUGUACAACGAUUGUACAGAAAGGGGUAUAACAUUCGAAGAGGAUUGCAGCGUAUGUUUGAGCAGAUUAACAGGAGAAUUGUACCUUACGGACUGCAGACAUUCAUUCCACAAGGAGUGUAUCGACAGGUGGUGCUCCAGUUCCGAAUGUUGUCCCAUGUGCAGGACAAAUUUAGUUUUCGAAGAAACCUGCAGUAUCUUCGAUACAAAUUGGAAACCUGUCAAUAUCCAUCGGUUCGAUAAGAUGGACAGUGAUGAAGAAGAUGAUGAGAGUGGAGAAGAUGAUGAGAGUGAAACUGAAGAAGAAAAAGAAGAGAAUGAAGGAGAAAACGAAUGCCAAACCGAGUGCCAAACCAACGAGGAAAAUUAAUUUUACAUCUCUGUUCGACACAACCUGUAACAUUUUUGAGAGAAAUAAAUCAU